CCAUGGAUGGAUGCAAAAAGAUCGUUUCUGUGGUGAUGAACUGAAAUCAGCCGUUGUUGUCAGUGAUUGUGGUUAUAUUUCUCCCAUUUUUUUGUUAACAUAAAUCCAUCUAGAGACGAAGAAUCAUGGCUGGAAAACCUCUUAAAAUAUUGGUCUGUGGCGAUGUAGAAGGGAAUUUGAGUCAGCUGUUCAAGCGAGUCAACAACGUUAACAAGAAAGCUGGACCAUUUGAGAUGCUUUUGUGCGUUGGUGAAUUCUUUGGUCCCAAUGAUGCAGAGUGGAAUAAAUACAAGACAGGACAAGAAACAGCACCCAUGCCGGUGUUUAUACUCGGACCGAAUAAACAAGAAAAUAUGAAGUUCAUCCAAGACGUGAAAGGCUGUGAACUCUGUGAAAAUAUCACAUACUUGGGCAAAAAAGGUAUUUUCAGCGGAGCGUCCGGUUUGCAGAUUGCGUAUCUGAGCGGCACAGAACAGAAAGACCAGACGAUUCAAGAACCCAGCGAUUUCAAUAAAGCGGAUAUCGACGCUCUGGCUGUACCUCUCAUCUCGGACUCAAAGUUCAAAGGAGUUGAUGUCCUCAUGACAUCACCAUGGCCAAGGGGGGUGUUUAAGUACGCCAGCACAGCAGAAGGACUUGACGCAGAAACAACAGGCUCCAGUCUAAUUGCUGACUUAGUGCUAGCUCUUAGACCACGCUAUCAUUUCUCAGCUCUAGAGGGCGCGUAUUACGAGCGUCUACCAUACAGAAACCACAAGGUCCUUGCCGAAUCAGCCAAACACGCAACGCGCUUUCUAGGUCUCGCAAAAGUGGGCAACCCGGCGAAGCAAAAGUAUUUAUACGCCUUCAACAUAGUCCCCAUGAAGACCAUGGAGAGGGAUGAGUUGGUGAAACAGCCUCAAGAUGUGACGGAAUGUCCCUACAGCUGGUCUAGCACCAAACCAGAACAGAAAUCACAGGCAGAUAUGUCCAACCAGUACUUCUUCUCACAAAGAGGAGGUCAAAGGGGCAGAGGUCAAAAGAGGUCAAGAGGUCAACACAGCGGGCAUGAAGGUCAAAGGAAACCACCUCAACCGAGAGGUCCGUGCUGGUUUUGCUUGGGGAGCCCCGAAGUUGAGAAACACCUUGUAGUCAGCGUUGGAACAUCGACAUACAUGGCUCUUGCUAAAGGAGGUAUGGUACCAGACCACGUACUCAUACUACCUAUCGGUCACUACAGGUCGAUGGUGGAUCUCCCUGAGGAUGUCAUUUCAGAGCUGGAUCAGUACAAGGCAGCGUUAAGGAAAUACUUCAAGUCAGUCGGGAAGACAUGCGCCAUCUUCGAGAGGAAUUUCAAAACACAGCACCUCCAGUUACAGGUCGUACCAAUCGAGCGAUCAGUAUGUGAGGACAUCAAGGAAGUAUUCAUGGAGAAAGCUGAAGCUCAGAAGCUGGAGUUGUUUGAGAUACCGACACGUACAGACCUUAAGCAGGUAAUACCUGCCGACGCACCCUAUUUUUACCUAGAGUUGGACAACGGAGACAAACUCUUACAUCGGAUGAAGAAGAGUGUGUUCUUUCCUUUACAGUUUGGAAGAGAGGUGAUGGCAUGCGAGGAGCUCCUUGACAUGCCAGAGAGGGCCAACUGGAAAGCUUGUACUAUCGAGAAAGAUGAAGAAACGAGGCAAGCCGCUGCAUUCCGCAAGAAGUUUGAGCCGUUUGAUUUCAACAAAGAUGAAUGAAAGACAAAAACACUAUGGGACUGGCUCAGUAGCGAGGGUUUAUUGAACCUUGGGGCAAAGUUAACAAUAAUUAUAGUACAGAAAUCUUAAAGGCAGUGGACACUAUUGGUUAUUACUCAAAACAAUUAUUAGCAUAAAACCUUUCUUGGUGACGA